GUGUUGAGUGUAUCCUAUCACCUUCUCGUUUAGGUUAUUACAGAUGCUAUUUUCUGAAAUUGCAUCGACUGACCCUAUCCAGGUGCCAUGAGGAUGGAGAAGUGCACUUUUGCAUGGAAGGAGCUCGACUAUGGGAAAACAGAAGCUGAUCUCAAUGACAUCAACCUAAGCGUGGAGCCCGGCUCGUUGGUCGGUAUCGUGGGUUUCGUUGGCAGCGGCAAAUCGUCGCUCCUAGCGGCGAUACUGGGAGACAUGCACCGUAUCAGCGGCAAAGUUACGUACACGGGAACCAUAGCCUUCGCACCCCAGUUGCCGUACGUACACAACAUGACAGUUAGAGACAACAUCCUCUACGGGAAGGCGAUGGACGGUGUUUUCUACGAGAAAGUGAUUCGAAGCUGCCAACUAACGAAUGACAUGAACAAGUUGCAAGCGGGAGACAUGACCGAAGUCGGCGAGAAGGUACGUCUGGGGCUUCAGGUUACGCAAUCACUGCACAUACGGGGACACCCCGCAGACUACAUAACCAAUGUGAUCUACGACAGCCUGUGUGAUAAAUAUUGUUGAUACUGUGGUGCUAAGCCAGCAG